UCCGAAGACCGAAGCGCGCGCGCGCGCGAGAGAGAGUCUCUCUCGACUCUCGGCAGACGAGCCCACUGCGAGAGAGCGAGCGUGCGUGCGUUCGUACCUCUCGGCGGGCGCUCUCAAAGUGCGCUUUGAGAGUCACUGGACACACACAGACGACCCGUAUUCGGGACGCAGCUGCGGCCGCGAGCUGCCACCGCGCGUAGAGGACGCGUCACGUGACGAGGCGUCGCGGUGGGCGACGGCGGCUGGCGAUUGGCCCGCGUGUCCCUACCCCGGAGCGGCGUCGCUCGAACAAAGAGACGAGGCUAUCUCAUUCGUCCCCGCGAGCGCUGCCAUUAGAAAGUCGUCGGCAGUCGAUGAGUGCAGGUGUCGUUCCGCGAGUUGAACCGGGCGAGAGCAGGAGCGAGUCGUUGUACGUGGAGAGGUUCCACUGAGCGGGUUUCGCGAGAAAGUUUGUCAUCCGCUCGCGAGAGUCCGUCGCUUCGCUUCGGGAGGAGACGAGCGAGCGAGAGGAGAGAAAGACAGUGAGUGAGAGAGGAAGAAGAAGGAGCACAGAGAGAAGCGAGCUCUCAGCCCUCAGGAGGAUCCGGGUGCGCGCGAAUCGCACGGGCUCGCGGCUUCCGAGCGGGUGAGGAGCACGAGGACGAGGAGGAGGUGGAGGAGGAGGAAGAAGAAGAAGAAGAAGAAGAAGAAGAAGAAGAAGAAGAAGCAGCCGAAGCGUCGCGGCGAAGAGGCUCGCAGCGGACGCACGCCGCGCAUACGCUCCCGUCCGGGAGAUCGAUCCUCGCCGGCGCCGACGACUACGACGACUACGACAAGUACGACUACGACGACGAAGACGACGACGACAACGACGACGACGACGACGACGACGGCGGCACUGACGCGCCGUACUCCCGUCGCACCGUCGCCGACGAGAAUCCUCGACGAGGGACGCCCCGGCGGUAUCGCUUUUCGCGCUGGAGCGUCGACGACCGAGUGCGAGUGCCGCCGCCGCCGCCGCCGCCGCCGCAGCCGUAGAGCGCUACGCAGCGACGUGGCGACGACGCCAUUUUGUAAGUGAUACCGUACUGCGCUUCUUUCGGCAUCAGCAGCGUCGUCGUCGGGCAGCCUACUCGUCAGGGCCGCGUCGUGAUCCGUGACACGCGCGUAUCUCCGAUCGCGUUCGCCAGUGUGUAAUCGAGUUUACGACGCGGAGCACCUCGCCGCCUGGAGAAGCUCGCCGCCGCGGCUUCCGGCUGAGCGACAGAGACAGUGACGUGCGUCCGAGUAAGAGGAGGAGGAGGAAGAAGAAGAAGAAGAGGAAGAAGAAGAAGGAGACGACGACGACGACGACGACGGGGAGCGCGCUCCUCGCUCGGCUGUCCUCGUAGCCGAGCAACGGCAGCGGCAUCAGCAGCAGGGUAUUAUCAUCAGCAGUAGCAGCAGCAGCAGCAGCAGCAGGCCGGCAGACUAGAAGAGGCUGCCCCGUCGGCCCCUUUCGCAGCAGCAGCAGCAGCAGCAGCAGCAACAGCAUCGUGUUCGCCCUGGGUCUCCCGACGCGUCGGCAUCGUCGUCGUCAAGCAUGAGACUGGAAAUUGUGUCGGCGGCGGACUUCCUGGUGCACCUGCUGCGCCUGCAGGCGGGCCAGCUGUCGGAGCGGCAGCUGGAGAUGUUCAAGUCGUCGUUGACGGAGGUGCUGCGCCAUCGCUACCGCGACCACUGGUUCCCGGACCGGCCGAACCGCGGCUCCGGCUACCGCUGCAUCCGCAUCAACGGCAAGAUGGACCCGGUGAUCGCCCAGGCGGGCGCGAACGUCGGCCUCCUGCCGACCGUGCUCCACAGCCUCUUCCCCAGCGAGCUCACCAUGUGGAUCGACCCGUCGGAAGUGUCGUACAGGAUCGGCGAGAACGGUUCCAUCUGCGUGCUCUACGAGCGCACCGAGCCCGAGCCUGACGAGAUGAUGAGCUCCCAGCAGCAGCAGCAGCAGCAACAGCAGCAGCCGCAACACCAUCACCACCAGGUGCAGCAGCAUCAGCAAUCACCGUUGGCGCAGCCGUCGCUGUCGCAGCAGCAGCAGCAACAGCAACAACAGCAGUUCGAGAGCUGCAAGGACUCGCUGUUGCUGGAGCACACGCAGUUCAGCGAGCAGAUCGCAGCGUUCGUCUCCAGCUGAACUGCUGGUCACCUCACCGCUCGCAUCCACGCUCUCGAAGUAAUCAUCUAAGCGCACGUGCGUCGUCGUCUCGUGAUAUGUGAUAUCCCUUCGCGCCGGCCCUCGGACCUGGCCCGCGCGCCCUCAACUUUUUUCGUGGACUCUACACACCCACACAGACAUACACACACACACGCACACACGCACACCCGGAGGCACACAGACAGCGUAGGCGCGCUCUCGCGCGUCUUCCCCUCGCCCUUCUCCCAGGACCCUCGUGAUUUUCUCCGCUCUCCCAAGAGUCCUCAUGGAAACCAGCAGAGUCGGUUAGCUCCGUCUCGCUGCUCUUCUCACAGACCCUCUUUUUCUCUCUCUCUCUCUCUCUCUCUCUCUCUCUCUCUCUUUCUCUCUCUUUCUCCGCCCUUUUCAUCCUUCCCCCUCCCGCUGUCGCCGCCUCUCCCGGACACAACGGAGUUUGGUGAAGAGACGGGUCGUAACGUGUUGGUCCCUCCGUCGAGCGAGUUCUCAUUGCUGGCAAAGAAGAAAAGAAGAAGAAGAGGAGGAGGAGGAGGAGGAUGAAGAAGAAGAAGAAGAAGCAGAAGAAGAAGAAGAAGAAGAAGAACCACCCUGCGGGAACCCGAGCUUGUCCACGAGCACGACUCUAGUCCAGCGGAGGACAGUCGCGGGCGGGAGAAUUCGGAGAGUUUCGUCGUCCGGAAGCGCGCGCGCGCGCGCGCAGGAGUGAGAAGAAGAGAAGAAGAAGGUCCCCGAGAUGGCAGCGUCGCGCGGAGGAGUCCAGCGGCGGGCCAGUCGAUUCUCUUCAAGUCCGGCCGCCGCCGGCGAGUCGAUUCUUCUUCUCCCGCCGUCGGGGAAGCGACGGCCGUCGCUGCGCGAGUUUCGGAGCAGCUGUGGCGAGCUCAAGACCAGGCCCCCCCCCCCGCCCGCGGGCUGUCUCUCUUUCUCUCUGCCUCUGGUGUGCGUGUGUCUAUGUGCGUGUCUCUCUCUGUCUGUCUCUCUUUCUCUCAGCCCGACCAAUUGAUCUCAACGUCUCCUCUCCACCCGCGCGUCUCCGAGUGUCUCCCGUGAGCAGGAGCAACCAAGAACAGCCAGCCUCGUCGGCCUUCCGUUAUCGCCGAGUUCCCGACGGAGUGAAGCUGAACCAUUCUCGCAUGUUAUGUCGCGUAUACACGCGCACACACACACACACACACGCAUACACACAUACAGAUAGACAGACAGCCUCUUUGUCUCCCCGCCCCGUGCGAGCAGAGCAGUCUCUUCUUCCACGUAUUCUUGGUCGUAGAACGCUUCUUCGACCUGCGAGAGCUUGAAGGUUUGUACACACCGGUGGCGAUCGAGAUGCGACGCAGAAGCGAGCGAGCGUUUGCCGACGCACAGAGAGAGAGAGAGAGAGAGACUGCUUACGGUUUCGGGUCUUGCGCGAUUUCGCGUUUGUCGCGCGGCUGAAGCAACGGGACGACCGUUCUCUUCGUGCUCGCUGUUGUCGUCGUCAUCGUCAUCGUCGUCGUCGUCGUCGAGGAUCUUCCUCGAAUCUCACUGUCAAUUUCUCACUGUCAAUGCAGAUUACCACCGAGCCACGCACACACUUGUAAAGGAAAAUCAAGGCGCAUACACACACACACACACACACACACACACGUACACACGGUGAUACUCGACGCAUGAAACCGGUCGACUCGUCGUGUUCAAUCCUUCGUCAACGUCAAUUUCGCCCGAAUGUCAAACGCGAAAGUAAGCAGACGUUGCAUUCAUCCGACGCGACUCGCCUGCGAGAGAGGAGAGCGUCGCUCGCGCAUUCGGCGAAAUUGCGUUCGCGACGGCCGCCGAAAUUUCGAUUCCCGAAGCCUUCCGCGAGGACUCCAUUCGAAAGCGAUUCGCCGCCGGGCGGAAUUGUCAAGUUCAAGUUUUCAAUGUGCAUAAAACACACACACACACACACACACACACACAUACAUACACGCAGACACGAGUUUCACUAGAGCGCGCGAGUUUAUAUAUGUACAUAUAUAUAUAAAUAUAUAUAUAGACGUUAUGUAUAUGUAGAACACCGUGACACGCACGGUCGAGGGAGAAGCGCGCGGAGGGGCGAGGGGGGAGGGGGCAGCAGCAAAGUCAAGCCCGGGCGUGUACACAGUGAGACGAAUUGUACAUUAUCUUUCGCGUGAGAGAGGAGACGAAGGAAAGCGGGAGAAAACACGACGGCGCGUAUAUAAAAUUGCUGUGAUUUUAUCCGCGGGAAGGCACACGCGGGCAUGUUUUUACUAUCGAGAGAGUCGCUCUCGGAGAGUCAAGCUCGAUGCACUGUGUGUGUGUGUGUGUGUGUGUGUGUGCGUGCGUGUGUGUGUGUGUGUGCGUGUGUGUGUGUGUGUGUGCGUGUGCGAGGUUGAUUGGGUUUUUCGGCAGUGUGUGAGUGUCUGUGUUGUGUGUGCGUGUGUGUGUUUGUGUGUGUGUGCGGGAAUGACUCCGUGAGAGAGAAUGAUUGGCCGCGUCUGCCGCUGCUAAGACUGCCGCUCGGCCGAUCGCGUUUGCUCGCGCGCCGCUCCGACAAUAAUAGCCGAGUUCGCUCGAUUAGUCACGUUUCUGCUUCGUGCUCGCUGCGUCGACGUUUGUUCAAUUACCGUUACUUGACGAAACCGAUACACUCGCCGAUGUCGGCGGAGAGAGAGAGAGAGAGAGAGAGAGGGAGGGAGGGAGAGGAGGGCCAUGAGAUCCCGACGCGUCGCUGAGUCUCUCUCUCUCUCUCUCUCUCUCUCUUUCUUUUCUUCCGUGACUCUCACCUGUCGACUGCACUCGCCGAAUCGGAAUCGCCGAGCGUGAAUAUUUCAUUGCGCGCGUAAUCGAGAUACAGAUAAUGAUCCUCUCGGCCGCGAGGAGCGAGCGCGUGAGAAAACGCGAGAGGUGAGCGGAUUGUGUGAAGGAUCGCGAGAGAGAACGCGUGUGUGUGUGUGUGUAUGUGUGUGCGCGCGCGCGUCAAAUCGAACGGAUGAAAGAGAAGAAGGCGAAGGGGGGAGGGGUUCUAUCGUGUUCGGCGUCGAUCGAGAGGAGGCCCUGCACGUAGCAAUUAUAGAAACCAUGUCUGUGAUUAUACUAAGAAUAGAGAGAAGCGAGGGAGAAAGAGAGAGUGAGAGACAAUAUAAAGCAAUCUCCGUAUGCAACGAUCCAACGCGAGGCGACGUGUGCGCUUUCGCCGUAUCGCCGCGGCAACACGUAAUUUCGCGUCUUGCAAAAUCCGCGAGUGAGUCAUUUACACCUUCGACACCGGCUCGUCGUCGCUCUCCGGAGAGCCGAAAGCGCCGCGCACGUCUUCUUCGAAUUCCAAAGCGCGCGCGCACUCCGAGUGUCUCCCUGCCCCCCCUCGGCCCCCUGUGUGAUUCCGGCGGAACACGAUCCUUCGUCUCUGUCUGACGUCAACGAUCGCGCGAAACGACUUUCAAUUUCUUUCUUUUAUUUUUCUGUUUUUUUUUUUUUUUCUAUUCGGCUUUUUCCGAUCGCGUGUCGAGGAAUUUCGCGGACGCUUCUUGCGAGGGAGAGGAGAAAAGCGCGGUCGCGAUGUUUAUUUCUUUUAUCUAGCCUUUUCAUCGCUCCUCUGACACACUUUGAGAUUUCCUUUGCAUUGUAUGUCGCGUAUGUGUGUGUGUGUGUGUGUGUAAAAUGUGUAACACAUGAUUAUACGUCACACACAUACACACGCACCACGCGGCAUUCGACCAGCUGCGAGUCCCGAGAGAGAAGAUUCUCGUCUCUCGCGCUGCGCUGUUGCGCGUCGUCAGAAUCCGGGACGUCGAGAGAGCCCUCUGAGCCGCAGCUCGAGGUUGCCGAGGACAAAGGGCCGAGCUGUGUAAUCGUACACACCACGUCAGUUGCCGCGUCGCGAGCGGAGGAAAACACGGUCGGGCGUCUCGUAUCGGCAGUAGGGCAGCAUCGAUCGCCCGGCGAUCGAAAGUAGUGCGAGACGAGGCUGGAGAAAGUGUGAGAGAGCUGGCCAGCGAAAUCUCGCCGCGUCCGCGUCGUCCUUUUGACGUUUAUUUUAUCACCGCGGCCGACAAGACGCACACGUCGCUUUCCUGCCGUUUUUCUUUUCGACUUUCGGGAGAUGCGCGGCACUGGGGAAGGAGCGCUUGUGUGUGUGUGUGUGUGUGUGUGUGUGUAUGUGAGAGUGAGAGAGAGAGAGAGAAUUGUCCUGUACAUCUGCGUUCAUCCGUUCACACGACAUGCGUAAGCUACAAGUGUAUCGAAUUCUAAGAGAGA